CACUGGGAUCCUGCAGGACUCAAUGAAUCCGUAACCGCUGUGCCCUAUCUGUUCGUUGGCUUUUACGCACAUUCUGGAACUGGGGGUAAAUUGGGGUAGAGGCAACAUUAGUGCAAUUUCUGGAAGUUCUAGAUCCACGGUGCAUUAGUAAUAUGCUCACAAGGGUAAAGUGUGCUGUUGCCAAUUUUAUGGGAGGCAUCAUGGCUGGCAGCGCCAGUGGUGAUCAUCUCAGCGGCUCCGAGCUGCCUCUGAAAUACCCCUACACGAGACCCGAGUUCCUUGGGCUGUCUCAGGACGAGAUAGAGUGCUCCGCAGAUCACAUCGCCCGACCGAUACUGAUUCCGAAAGACACCGGGACUCUGCCAUGGGCCACGGGUUAUGCAGAGGUUAUCAAUGCAGGAAAAAGUUCACUGAAUGAAGACCAGGCCUGCUGUGAAGUAGUCGUUUUGAAGAAGAACUCGGAGGUCUCGUCCACACCGAAUAAGAAUUCCACAGCAAAUCGAAGGUCUUCAUUGCCGAAUGGAGAGGGCUUGCAGCUGGAGGACAACUCAGAUUUGGAAGGUCUUACUUUGCAUUACUGGGCCCUCUUCGACGGGCACGCUGGAUCAGGGGUGGCAGUGUUCGCCUCCAAAGUGUUACAGCAGAAGAUAGCGGAGCAGCUGCAGGACGUUCUGGAUGUCAUUAAAAACACGGCUGUGCGUCCACCCGCCUGCCACGGGGAGGACCCUCACACCACCACCCCGAAUGCAAGGACUCUGACAAGGGCCGCCUCCCUGCGAGGAGCAGCCGGAGCCCCAGGCUCCCCCAGCACACCUCCAACCCGCUUCUUCACUGAGAAGAAAAUCCAGCACGAGAGUCUUGUGGUUGGGGCAAUCGAAAAUGCUUUUAAAGAAAUGGAUGCCCAGAUAGAACAUGAAAAAAGCAUAUACCAUAUCUCCGGAGGCUGCACUGCGCUGGCUGUGGUCUUCCUACUGGGGAAACUUUACGUAGGAAAUGCUGGUGACAGCAGGGCUAUAAUCAUUCGAAAUGGAGAAAUAAUCCCAAUGUCAUCAGAGUUUACACCUGAGAGUGAAAGACAAAGGCUCCAGUUUUUGGCAUAUAUGCAACCUCACUUGUUAGGGAACGAGUUCACGCAUUUAGAGUUCGCCAGAAGAGUCCAAAGGAAGGAGCUUGGGAAGAGGAUGCUCUACAGGGCUUUCAACAUGACAGGCUGGGCAUAUAAAACCAUAGAGGAAGAUGACCUGAAGUUUCCUUUAAUUUAUGGAGAGGGCAAGAAGGCACGUGUAAUGGCCACUAUUGGUGUCACCAGAGGACUAGGGGACCAUGAUCUGAAGGUUCAUGACUCUAACAUCUACAUCAAGCCUUUCCUCUCCUGCUACCCUGAGGUCAAAGUGUACAACCUUAAACAGUAUGAGCAUGGAGUGGAUGAUGUGCUUGUAUUAGCCACAGAUGGGCUGUGGGACGUGUUGUCAAAUGAAGAAGUGUCAGAAGCUGUUACAAAUUUUCUGGCAAACUGUGACCCUGAUGAUCAACACAGGUACACUGUGGCUGCUCAGGAUCUCAUCAUGAGGGCUCGAGGAGUUCUGAAAGACCGAGGCUGGAGAAUCUCCAAUGACAGGCUUGGUUCAGGGGACGACAUCUCUGUCUACAUCAUUCCCUUAAUAUAUGGGAACAAACAGCCCUAGCUAUUGCCCCGUUUAAAAGGAAGCUCACUCAGGCUAACAGGGAAAUGUUAUCCUCCCAAUGUCACCUCAUCUUCCUUAUCUUUCGCCUCUCGUACGCAUCACUUUGAAGGGGCUCUUGCUAACUAAACAUGAGGAAGCCUUUUGUAGGCUACGCCAUGACUUAAAUGGUCGUAUAUUAAGCUUCUCAACCUGAGAGCAAUCCCAGGAUUCCCCAGCUACCUUUUGAAAUUCCGGAUCGCGUAAUAAACCAUAAAAAGCUGAUCCAGCAUUUUUUAAAAAUUCUCCAGUUACUGAUAACUGGCAGAAGGUAGCUUUCUGGUUGCCAACUAGCUUUGCACAGUUCUCUCUGAGUGAUUUUAAUUUUCGAUUUUGUAAGUUUACUUGUCAUGGAAGGGAUAUUGCAAUGAUUGUAGAAAGCCUGACCCCAAAAUGAACCAUGUGCAAUGUGUUUUUUUUUUUUUUUUUGUUGGGGGUGGGGGUGUUAGAGGGGACGACAAGGGAAAAAUUAUUAUUAUUAUUUUAAUGUAUUUUAAAGCUGUUUCAGAGAAAUUAUUUAUUCAACCUUAAUGCUUGAUCAGUGAAUUACUGUAUAAAUGAUAUUGUAUAAAUAUAAAUCACAGAUGUAUAUUAUUGAAAGUGCUCCUCUGUUUAAAUAUAUUUUAAAGUGUCAGCUAUUUUAUUAUGUGUUUAACCAGUUAUGUUCUGCUGCUGUGAUGUGCUGUUUCAGAUUGUGAAUGGCAUCUCAAGCUUGUAUAAACACUAAAAAGCAAACUUAAAUAAUAAAGUAUAAUUUGGCUUUCUUCAUAGGAUUCCAUGCACCUGGAUCAUAAUGUGUGGUACUAGUGGGAGAAAUACCUAGAAAUACUGAUGAAGCAAAUAGGAAUUAUUUUUGCUCCUUUAAAUCUAAAUUCCUCAGGAGACAUUAGUAGGAACGUUUCCUGCUUUGUUUUGAUAUGGUCUCUUUUUAUUUGCAAGUCAUCUUUUAAGUUGUUUUACCAUUAUUCUGAGAAACUUGUUAGAAACGAGUCUGUUUUUACACUGUUAAUGUGAGUGAAUGCUAAUGAUGUGGAAAGGCAGUACAUCCUGGCACUUUUGAUAAAUGGUUCUGGAAAUGUAAAAGGCACAAAAGUGGAUAGCUGAGGAAUCUAAAUACAGUGGUUUGUUUCUAGAUCUGCAAACAUUUUGGUAAAACUGUUGCUGUAAAAUAUAACAUUAGUCUUUGUCCCAAGCAUUAGGCUAAUGUUCUUUGUUGAUACCCAAACAGGACUCGGACCUAAAUUAAUUCAUUGGUUUACAAUGUAACCUAAAGCCAUGUACAUUUCCCUAAUAAAAUAUCAGGGAUUUAAAAGUAACCUGUGCACAGCAUAGCAAACACUUAAACAUUAUCUUAUAAAACAUAGGUAUAUGUUUAAAAGCAAUGUGUAAUAAUGUUAUUUAUCAAACCAAUGCAAGUUGUAGUGGUACAUUUUUAACUAAUUAUAGAUCAUUUUUGGGUGCAUUCCUUGAUGUCUAUAUACAGCUGUAAUAUAUAUAUAUAUAUGACAUUUGCAAUACCUUGCAUGUGAUUCAUCAAGCAGGCAGACACAGAAGGUACAGUGAGCUGUUAAACAGGUUUUGUUAAACAUUUAUACAGCCCUCAAGAAAGGAAACAGCAUUAUUGACACAAAAACCUCAACAGUAGCAUCAGGGGGUGGAAGGUAUAAAUAAUAUAAUGCAAAACAAAUUAUUUUAAUAAGUGGCAUUUUUGAGUUUGUAAGUUGAAACAAAUUCAUGACACAUUCCAUCACGUUUUCACAUUCUUCAUCACUGAACCCAUCCCAACCCUUUCUGUGUAUAAGCUGCUAUUGCUGUUUAUCAAACAACACAUACGUUUUGAAAAAGGACAUCAGUCAGAUUACAAACUGGGCUUUGCUUCAUUCCUGUUUUAUAAAAGUCAGAAUAGAAAUCCUCCAAUUUCCCAGCACUUGAUCAUUCAUGACUGUCCAUGUACAAUCAUAUUUUUAAAUAAUAUCAAGCUAUUUCCUGAAUGAAUGCUGUAUAUGCUAAGCAAGCCUAACUGAACUAUCAGGGUUUAUAUAAGAACACUCUUUCAAAGGAUCAAAUUUAUUAUGUAGUCAAGCUCAUUGCCCAUUGACACUAAUUUAAAAGCAUGCUGGUUUGUUUGUCAGCAAUAGACACAUUUCCAUUAGCAACUUUAGAGGUCCAUUAACAUUUACAGAUCUAAAGCAGAGCAAACUUGUACGGUUGGUCCACGAAAGCUUGGACUUCAUUAAUCCAGAGGUUAAAAUCCCAUAGCAAUCCCAUUACCCUGCAAGCAGGUUCUUGAAGAUGGUAGCAUGUAACUAUACAACAGCGUUGACUUCAGUGUUGGUUUACUUCAAUUGAACAAAUACGCUGCACUGGAUAUGCAGUAGAAGACCGCAAACCAAUUUGCAAAUGUGGGCACAUCUGUUUGUGUGUGAGAAACCAUAGACCAUCCACGCCACUAUUGGCAGCAUGUUUUAUUGUACUGAGUGAGAGUUGCCCUUUAUUGUGUAUGACUGUGGACCACGACUCGGUUUAAAUUUUGAAAUAUGGUGGAGCGGUUGUUAAAGGAGCUUUAAAUAAAAAUUGUGUGACAAAUGCAAAUUAUGUUCUGUUACUAAACAAUGCCAACAAUAUUUAUUUCAGUUUGUUUUUAUUUCUUGUUAUUUGGUACUUUCUGUAAGGUUAGCAGUGUCUUAGUGUUAUCAGCAUUUUAGCCAAGCCCAAUUUCUGUUUCUGUGAUGUACAAGUUGUUCCCUAGAAAUGACAGG